AUGCUAUCCACCAUCCCUCCCAAGCAGAGAAGAGUUCCCGAGCCUAAGAUCACCCGCAAGGUGGUGUUCAACGUGUCCCAGAGCUUCAAGGUGGAUCGUGUUCUCGGUGAAGGUGCCUACGGAAUAGUAUGUCUGGCCGUGCACGAGCCCACCAGCAUUCCUGUGGCCAUCAAGAAGAUCGAGCCCUUUGAAAAGCCGCUCUUUUGCUUGCGUACCCUCCGCGAAAUCAAGCUCUUGACCAAGUUCCGAGGCCACGAGAAUAUCAUCCAGCUCUUCGAUGUACAGAAGCCGUUGAGCUACGACCACUUCAACGAGGUCUACCUCAUCCAGGAGUUCAUGCCCAGUGAUCUUGCCAAAGUGAUCCAGACUCACGUCUUGAGUGACGAGCACUGCCAGUACUUCACCUACCAGAUCUUGCGGGGCCUCAAAUACAUUCACAGCGCCAACGUGAUCCACCGCGACCUAAAACCUUCCAACGUGCUUAUCAACGGCUCCUGUGACGUCAAAAUCUGUGAUUUUGGGCUUGCCAGACUCGACAACUUGCGUCACAAAUUCAAGGACGAUACCAGUGGUGCUAUCGGAGGCAUCUCAGCCCUCACUGAAUACGUGGCUACCAGAUGGUACCGUGCGCCCGAAAUCAUGCUCACAGCGUCUCAAUACUCCACUGCCAUAGAUUUGUGGUCAGUGGGGUGUAUUUUGGGUGAAUUUUUCACUUACAUACCAUUAUUUCCUGGCACAGACUACAGAAACCAGCUCAGCUUGAUCUUCGAGCUAUUGGGCACACCAACAGGUUCUGAUUUCCACAAAAUAAAAUCUCCUCGAGCAAAGGCAUAUAUAAACACCUUGCCUUUCAGAAAGAAGUUGGACAUAGACAGUGUGUUGAAUAAUCAUCCUAUGCGAUUGAAAAAGAUCGGAAACGUGCCAAUAAACCCCCUUGGCCUUGAUUUGUUAAAAAGAUUAUUGACUUUUGACCCCGAGAAAAGAAUUACCGUGGAUCAAGCCUUGGCCCAUCCUUACUUAAAAAAUUACCACGAUCCUAACGACGAACCCAUAACUACCCCAAUGAGUGCGGAAGAGUUUGACUUUGAUGUUCCCAAGGACCAAUUAAGUACCGAGGUCUUGAAGAGAGAGAUGUUUGAGAAGAUCAUGAAUCGGUAA